AUGGCAGCACCUCUCAAGGCGGCCGGCGCCGCCGCCACAGCAGCGACAGCCGUCUCCGGCUCCGGCUUCGUCCCGCGCACCACCUUCGAGGUCUCGUCCCAGAUAUCGCGGUCCUAUUUCCUGGGCCACCACGCGGGCGCCCUAACGUCGAUGCGCCGCAUUCUAUCCAACAUCAGCCUGAUCAUCGAGUGUCGCGACAGCCGCGUGCCCCUGACCUCGACCAACCCGCUGCUCGAGUCCUCGCUCGCGGGCCGCGACCGCAUCAUCGUCUACACCAAGUCCGACCUCGGCUUCCCGCCGUCCGCGGGCCGCUUCCGCCAGGCACAGCAGAACCUGCUCAGCCGGUGGCACGCCGAGCGCCACGGCAUCAUCACGGAGCACCGGCCGGGGGAGGCGGGCGCCGCGGGGGGCAUCUUCGGCCCGGGCCGCACCGAGGUCGUCUUCACGGACGAGCGGCAGCCCAAGACGAUCCAGAAGCUGCUGGACGCCAUGAAGGAGCGCGCCGCGGCGGCCGACUCGCUGACGGGGCUGCGCGCGCUGGUCGUCGGCAUGCCCAACGCCGGCAAGAGCACGCUGCUCAACGCCAUGCGCCGCGUCGGCAUGCACCUGGGCAAGGCGGCGCGGACCGGGGCGCAGCCGGGCAUCACGCGCAAGCUGUCGUCGCCCGUGCGCGUGAUCCCCGAGGACAGCGCGGCGGGCAUCGAGCAGGGCGUCUUCGUCUUCGACACCCCGGGCGUCUUCGUGCCCUACGUCGGCGACCUGGAGUCCAUGCUCAAGCUGAGCCUGGUCGGCUGCGUCAAGGACGGCAUCGUCCCCGUCGAGACCGUCGCCGACUACCUGCUGUACUGGCUCAACCUUAAGGACCCGGCCGCCUACGCCGACUUCUGCCCGCCCACCAACGACGUCGCCGCCUUCCUCGACGGUGUCGCCGUGCGCACCGGCAAGCUCCUCAAGGGCGGCGCUCCCGGCCGCGAGCUUGCCGCCACCUGGGUCGUGCAGCAGUGGCGCAAGGGCAACUUGGGCCAGUUCGGCCUGGACGAGGUCAACGAGGAGGUGCUGCGCGAGUGGGCGCGGAAGGGACAGGGCGCCGGUGUGGGCGACCAGGAGCCCAUCAGCAUGAAUCAGGCCCGGAAGCGGGAGAAGGAGGCCAGGAAGGCCUACAAACUUGCCAAGAGGCAGGCUUCCGCCGGUGGCCCAUGA